AGUGCAGCUGGUGAAACUGUGUGCUCAGAGUGAAGCUCUACAGUCCAUCAGGAGUGACCAGGACUGCUGCUGAAUCAGGAGUGAUCAGUUCAUCAGGAGUGACCAAAGGUGCUAGUGAUCAGGGGUGAUCAAGAGAGUAGCUGCUGAAGCAGGAGUGAUCAGGAGUUACCAGGAGUGCAGCUUCUGAAGCAGGAGUGAUCAGGAGUGCAGCCAGUGAAGUGCACACUGUUUCAAUUCAUCCAGAGUGACCAGGAGUGACCAAGAGUGAUUAGGAGUAUACCUGGUGAAGCACAUGCUUCUGCAGUUCAUCAGGAGUGAUCAGAAGUGCAACUGGUAAAGUGCACACCUUUUCAUCCAGAAUGAUCAGAAGUGACCAGGAGUGCAGUGUGUGAUGCAAAAGUGAUCAGGAGUGAUCAGGAGUGCAGCUGGUGAAGCGGUGGUGCACUUAGGGUGAUCCUCUACCUUUCAUCAGGAGUGAUCAGGAGUGAUCAGGAGUGCAGCUGGUGAAGUUUAUAGCCAGUGUGAUUCUUUAAUUCUCAUCAGGAGUGACUGGGAAUAAACAGGAGUGAGCAGGAGUGUUUUCUCGUUCUGUGACACAGGGACGAGAGUGCGCGGAGACCCCCGACACUCCCACUGCUCCUGCAUCUCAGACUGCAGCUGUGCGUUAGCGCCCCCCGCUGGUGGCUGGGUGGUAUGAGUGUGUGCGGUAGGAAGGCGCUGACUCUGCUGAGCAGUGUGUUUGCAGUGUGUGGGCUGGGGCUGCUGGGGAUCGCCGUCAGCACAGACUACUGGCUCUACCUGGAGGAGGGGGUCAUCCUGCCCCUCAACCAGACCACCCACACCCACACCUCCCUCCACUCCGGCCUCUGGAGGGUCUGCUUCCUCGCAGGGGAAGAGAUGGGGCGAUGCUUCACUAUAGAGUAUGUGAUGCCCAUGAGUGUCCAGCUGACCAGUGAAUCUACAGUGAGUGUGCUGAAGAUGAUCCGCUCAGCUACGCCGUUUCCUCUGGUCAGUCUGUUCUUCAUGUUUAUCGGCUUCGUGCUGAAUAACAUCGGACACGUCCGCCCCCAUCGCACCAUACUGGCCUUCGUCUCAGGAAUCUUCUUCAUCCUGUCAGGUCUUUCUCUGGUGGUGGGUCUGGUUCUCUACAUCUCCAGUAUUAAUGAUGAGGUUCUGAACAGGACUAAGAAUAACGAGGCGUAUUUCAGCUAUAAGUACGGCUGGUCCUUCGCCUUCGCCGCCAUCUCCUUCCUGCUCACUGAGAGUGCCGGGGUGAUGUCGGUGUACCUGUUUAUGAAGCGCUACACAGCCGAGGAGAUGUACCAGCCCCACCCGAGCUUCUACCGGCCUCGCCUCAGCAACUGCUCCGACUACUCCGGACAGUUCCUCCACCCGGAGGCGUGGGCUCGCGGUCGCAGCCCCUCAGACAUCUCCAGCGACGCCUCGCUCCAGAUGAACGCCAGCUACCCCGCCCUGCUGAAAUGCCCCGAGUACGACCAGGUCUCCUCCUCACCCUGCUGAGGACCGGCCAUCACAGGGGGGGCAUUAAUAUCGGGACAGUGCUGUGGAGGGGGUGGGGGGUGGAGGCAGCAGAGCGGGUGCG